CCCCCCACCCCCUUCACCAUUGUUCGUCCCCGGUCUCGGCGAGCAGGGCCUCCCGAUGGCUCCCCUCGGCGAAGUUGGAAACUAUUUCGGGGUGCAGGACGCGGCUCCGUUCGGGAACGUGCCCGUCCUGCCGGCGGACAGCCCGGUGCUGCUGAGAGACCACCUGGGCCAGUCGGAGGCGGGGGCGCUGCCUCGGGGACCUGCCGUCACGGACCUGGAUCACUUAAAGGGGAUUCUCAGGCGGAGGCAGCUCUACUGCAGGACUGGCUUUCACUUAGAAAUCUUCCCCAAUGGCACAAUCCAGGGCACCCGGCAAGACCACAGCCGAUUCGGUAUUCUGGAAUUUAUCAGUAUAGCGGUAGGCCUGGUCAGCAUACGUGGUGUGGACAGCGGACUCUACCUCGGCAUGAAUGAGAGAGGGGAGCUGUACGGAUCGGAAAAGUUAACCCAGGAAUGUGUAUUCAGAGAGCAGUUUGAAGAAAACUGGUAUAACACUUACUCAUCGAAUCUCUAUAAACACGUGGACACCGGGAGGCGAUACUAUGUUGCAUUAAAUAAAGACGGGACUCCAAGAGAAGGGACCAGGACUAAGCGGCAUCAAAAAUUUACACAUUUUUUACCCCGGCCAGUGGACCCGGAGAAAGUACCUGAACUAUAUAAGGAUAUUUUAAGCCAAAGUUGACAAAGACAAUUCCUUCACUUGAGCCUUUAAAAAGUAACCACUAUAAAGGUUUCAUGCGGUGGGUUCUUAUCGAUUAGCUGUGUCAUCACAUCAGCUCCACUGUUGCCAAACUUUGUCGCAUGCAUAAUGUAUGAUGGAGGCUUGGAUGGAACAUGCUGAUUUUUGUUCUGCACUUAGAGGUUGGUCCUCCUGGAGGAGGAGAACCUGCGCCCACUUGCUUGAUUAUUGUGAAAGAGAGGAGAGGGUGGGAGGAGAGGAAAGAGAGAGGGAGAUGGGGAGGGAGAGAGAGAGAGAGAGAGAAUGACGGCGUGAGUGAACGUGUGCGAGAGGGAGAUUUGGAGAAACAGAAGCGAAGAGGAGAAAGGCCUGAUGCAUGCUGGGAAAUAGGCCCGCUUUUCAAUUUUUGAUCAGUUGUACUUCAUCAUAUAUCAGCAUAGCUGCCAUACUUGGACUCAUCAGGAUUUUUGGCUGGUGGCAUUUACAAAAGCGUGGAGAGUGCAGUCUCGUUAAACAAAAGACUUUUCAGUUAACGCUCGCCGGUGUCACCCCGGUGGGCCUAGAGCAAAGACCUCUUAGUAGAAAUAAAAAGUUAAAUUUAUUUAUAGAAAUUCCAAAGGCAACAUUUUAUUUAUUUUAUAUAUUUAUUUAUUAUAUAGAGUUUAUUUUUAAUGAAACCUGUACAGGCCAGAUAGGCAUUUUGGAAGCGCCAGGCUCUGUCGACGUUCCGUGGCUGUCUUCUCCGACAGUGGGGUGAACUCAUGCCAGGGAACCGGCCGGGGCGUGGAUGGAGGCCAGGCGUUCUCGGGACCCCGGUGUCCUCCCGGCGACAAUCUCUCUUGUGCCCACAUAAUUGUAAAAGUCCGCACAUUACUCCUGACACUGAGUAUUCACUCUUCUGACUGCUUGUUUCCUAGCUGAUCCCCCUCCCUCCCUCCCUCCCACCCCCCCCGCAGAGGAUUAAAGAUCAAACUGGGUCUUGAACUUCUGUUCUGUGUCUGUAAUGUUUCCUCUCUCAAGGGGUGUCCUAUCCCCUCGUUGUGACUGCGCAGUCGUGGAAAAUAGAAGGGUUGGUAGAGAGUGUCCUCGUUCAAGCUUAUGGCAGAGGAUACCAAAGCUAAACGAAAACUCUGUCUUAUCCUAGCAGGGCUCCAGCCCGUAGGGCUAAAAAUCUACCAUUGUACUCACCGGAGACGGUGAGAAAGCAAUAGAAAAAACCAACGCGAAAACAGCUUCCCUAGCCCUGAAUUUGUCUUCGAGGGACAAGGAUCAGGUUAACGUGUCCCUCUUCUAAACUUUUUAUUUUUGUACCUGGCUGGUAACUAGGAAACGAUACCAGUUCUGCGGGGGCUUCUGUAACAUCUCUGAUGGAAAAUUGUUUUCCGUGUGAACUGUCAGAACGCCUGAUGGAAGCUCCCUUCUUAGAGUAAAAGUGUGCAAAAUGAAACGAAUACAUCUUUAUCCUUACUGACAACGGGGGGUUGAGGGGGUGGCCCCGGGGGAGUAUAUUAUAGCCGAUUGGGUUUUGUUUCUCAAAAUGGACUCCACAGCACUCUGGCUUUCUGAUGAGGAAGGGUCUCUUUUACAAGGUUUUUAUCACAUUUGAUUUAUGGUAUAAAGCAUAGGAACACGUCUUUCUUUCAAGCAAUAAUUCUGGGCCUUGCCCCAGGCAAGAGAGAACCAUUCUGACUCUGCGUGAAGAGCAGUAGAGCCAAAUUCUUACAGCAAUACUGAACGACGUGGAAAAGGGCACCCUUGGGCCUGCUCCUCACCCUUCCGGCCAGGGACUCGGAAAUGCGGGCGUGUGGGGAGGCAGCCGUUGGGUUGGGAUGCCCCACUGGCUUUCUGCCUGCGGGGGUGGGAUUCCCGUUGGCUUCCUGCCGAGUGGGUGGUCUGGCUGGGUCUGGGGCCGCUCCUGCUCCCCACCGGUGAAAGUCCCGGGGCAGCCGUCGCACCCAGAGACCGUCAGCUGCCAGCCUGGGCACGGGCGGCCUCUCCGGCAUUCGGGAAAGCUUCGAUUGGUCACGGCGGCAGCGUGCCGAUACGCAUCGCGAGGAAAUGGAAGCUAACCCGGUGGGAUCAGGUAGCCACUGGGGCCCAGGGGGGUGGGAGCGGGAGCCAAAAGAACAGAAAGAAAUGUCAUAACAGGAAAAGUAGAGUCGUCCUCUCGUUGACUGGCCCAGGUUCGUCUGAACAGGCUGUGGAGAGCUGCAUUUUAGCAGCGGAGCUCAGAGUGACUGCUUCUGCUACGUAUGUGCGAUCCCAUUUCCGUUUCCCACAAAACUUUUGGGUGGAAAAAGAACCGUAUCGGGCCCUACAGGAGAACCAAGCUUCUAGAGUGUCACCAAGUUCAACGUCCUGCUCUGAAGGGGGCAAUUUCAAAAAAAAAAAAUGCAAAAAGGAUCAUUAAAGUAGCAUCGAACCAGCACUCCAUCCAGAAGGGUAGAAAAGUUCAUGGAAAAGGCCACGCAUUUGGAGUUGGUACAAGAAAUCUCCUUUAAUGUAGUUUUGAGGGGGGCUUGGCAAGAGGAAGUUAAUUUUGUUUUGGUAUCUAUUUAAAAAAGACGAAAAAGAAAAAUAAAUGUUAUAUGCUUUUGGCAACUGAUACAAUAAAGUGUAAUGGAUUGAUUCCAAUACCCUCAGCGGUGUGUAAAUAAAUACGUACUGACUUAUG